GUUGUUGAUUGUGCUAGACGUGUGUGACAUAAGCCGAUCUUGCUUAAGGGAAUUAUUGCAUGUUUAUAAAACUCCUGCAGCAAUCACUCAUGUUCAUUCAACCAUCAUCGGCUAGUGCUUUUCUGCGUCUGUUCCACAACGAUUAACCGUUACUAACUGUUUCGGCAUAAAAGUUCCAUGCAACAGAUUUAUCGUGGAAUUUCGCCUGCUGCUGCUUCUCUGUGCAAGUGUUGAAUUUAGUGGAAUGAAAAUAGUGCUACACUCAUGUCAUUGCACAAGAGCUGUCACAUGCGUGACUAGUGUUAUCAGUGCGGUUCUGAGUUGCAGCGAUUAUCUCCUAUCCGCUAAGUGAACAGUGUUCUUUGACGUAAGGUGCGAACCAGCUUAUUGUUGGCUUGGAAUAAAGGCAGUAGUCGGAAAUUGUCCGUGUGUGUGUGCAAGUGUCUGUGACCUCGAAACCUGUCCCAUUGAUCAACAUCUUCUUUAUGUGCCCAUGCUUCCCAAAGUGUAACUGGACCAAACGCAAACGAUAACAGGAUUGUGUGGUGCGUCAAUAGUCGCCGGGGGGAACCGAUCAGGAACGCCCAUUUGCAGUGCAUGAAUAUAAGACUUCAACUCAGCGCUUGUCUGCCAAUAGAAAAUCGGUACUGAAGAAAAUGGAUCACUCGGAACACCACGAUUACAGUCACAACAUGAUGAACCACUCGGGUGGAUCAGUCGGGGAACACAUCCACGAUGGUCACCAUGCAGCGAUGGAUCACAGUAUGCACGGUCACCCGGUAGGCAGUGAAAUACCGCCAAUGGUCGUGGCGACCGGCCACGGAGAUCACGAGCAUGGAAGCCCGGAACAUCUCUUGCACCACAUGAUGUCGAUGUCGUUUCACGGUGGCUACAACGAAACGAUUCUGUUCGAUCAGUGGAAAAUCGACAGCCUAGCGGGGCUUCUGUGGUCCAUGCUGCUCAUCUUCAUCCUGGCAGCGCUGUACGAAGGUCUCAAGUACUAUCGGGAGCAUCUGUUCUGGAAGACAUACAAUGCACUGCAAUAUCGACCGGUGACGGUGACGGACAAAAAUCCUCGAAAUGGCAACGUUUCGAAUAACAACGAAAUGGCAGGAAACGGUGGUAGUAGUGGUGGUGGUGGUGGUGGUGGUGGUGGCGGCGGUGACGAAAGUUCCCGAAUAGUUCACAUGGUUGGCGAAGUGAUCCACAAACAACCACCGACAAUGCUUUCCGUGAUGCACCUGUAUCAAACGUUCCUGCACAUCCUUCAGGUUACGCUCAGCUUUCUGCUGAUGCUAAUCUUCAUGACCUACAACACGUGGUUAUGCGUGGCCGUCGUACUCGGUGCCGCACUCGGAUAUUUCCUGUUCGGCUGGAAGAAGUCGGUGGUCGUCGACGUAACCGAGCACUGCCACUAGUGGGGUCCACUGGUGCUGGUCCGCCAUCUCCGCAACACCACCCGGCCAUAUCACCACUAGCAAGCGAACGCCACCGGUUAACAUACAUACAAGUCUCACUUGGGUCGGGUCGUCCAGUGAAAAUACGUCAGUUUUACCAACAAACAAACAGGUGAUCAUCAGGUAUGUUCAGUGCACGGGAGUAUGGGUGGAUGCGAGAUAGUGCGAGCACACGUCUUCGGACAAGGCAACAGACAGACCGCUGUCUGUGAAAAGGAAACUCAAAAAAUCUUUUAUAACUGUUAUAUACAUAGUAGAAAAUAUGAGGACAAGACUUGAUAAGUUGUUGGAUUUUCGAGCCAAUAAAAGGUCAUAAAGAGAGAAAGGGGCGAGGGCCGCAGCGAAUUGAAACACUUGUUUUGUACCAUACAUAUUUAGGUUUAUUGAAAAAAAAAAACAAUAUGAUUCUCAAAACAUGAAGGACAGAUACUGGAAGAGCAUGUAAUUUUGAUGAUGGUAAUGAAGGGAAUCGCUGCGAAAUAUUUAAAAUAAGCCGUCUAGUAUAGGAUAGGACCACUAUAGGCAUACCACGUCAAAAGAAAUUUGUUAUGCAAAUGACAUUGUAGUAGCUUUUGCGAAAAAUUGAUUGCGCCGAGUAUGAAUGUCGAGAAUAAGCUGGAUUAUCAGUUAAUACCCAAUAUCGUGGGCGGACGUGCUUCUUCUAGGAAUCCCCUAAUUGAAUAAAAAGGCUCGACUCCUUCUGUAAGCAUGUCAGUGGAGAAAGAGCAAACAUAAAUGUACCGUCAUCUCAAUGGUUCUCUUCUUCCGCACGCAAUACCCGUUCAAUUUCCUGGAAUUCAUCACCAUGCUAUAAAGGGCGACUAUUUACAGCUAUAACAGUGGCUGAGGAUACAAUUUUAUCCCGGGAGCGAGGAAGGAUGUAUUCCGGCUUUUAACAGAGUCGUUAAAAAUUUGUAUGACUUUACGAUUGAAGUUAAGUCGAGAAACUGCUUUGCACUAUGCAAGUAUUCUAUUGUACAGUUUACGAUUCCAUACAAACACCACGUCAAAAAAUCCGUAGCAAAAACCAUAUCGAUGUACUCGAUGUUCUACAACAGCAUUUGCUGGAACGCAGUGGACGUAAAUACGUACUAGCGGGAAGACUGUCAACGCAAAGUUAACGCCGACUACUUUGAUGGCGUUGAUUGUUGUUAUUGUUAUUUUCCAAGCUAAUGUCAUUUUCGCUUGAUGCCAAACCAAACCCAGUUUCCACCCGAAUUGUAGUCAAACCGUUUAUUUGAAGCUAGUUUCGAACCUCGUUUCAACGUUGUUGAACUGAAAGUCGAGUCAGGUCAGUAUCAGGUUUGCACAAAUCCCUGUUGCUAAGCGCGAAACCAACACAGUUUCGUGAAAAGUGUUUGUUUGAUGAAGCGUGUUGGGUCAGUAGAAAAUAGAAGUUUUAUAAUAACUCAGCUAGGAGUGAUUUGAGGACGUUUCUAUACAAUUUUUGACGACAAAUGAGGUCGAUCCCAACCCAGUCCGGUGCCCAGUAGUUUCGUCUGUCGGAUGAAUCGUGCGCGAAGCUUGCAAUUGCGAUUCAGCUAGGUUCAAUGUUCACAAAAAAGCAAAACAACCCACAUUAUCAGUUCGGUGCAACAACCGAUUCAGAAUGAAUUUCACCUCCAACCGAAUGGUUCGGAAAUCUGCCGGAAUUGAGUGAGGAAAGGCGAACUGAAUUGCCGGAAUGGCAGACCAUUUUUCAAAAAAUCUAUGUUGGGUUUCAAAUUUAAAUCUGUGGAAAAAACUAGCGGGAAAAACUAAAGUGUUCACAAGUUCCUAUCUCGUGGCUCGUCGUUGAAGGCUAACUUAAUUAACUUUAAUACGCACAAAAAGACCUGUAAUCCGUGAUUCAAUGUGUUUAAAAAGUCCAUUAAUGGUAGCUUUACAGUGAUUUUAUAAAAACUUCCAAAGUUUCUAGCACUAGAUGGCUACAUUUCACCAGAACUAAUUAUCGAACCUUACUCUUAAUAGAGCCCAUCAGCAUCCGCACAGUUAAAACGGAUACGAAAUCAGCGCGUUCCUCUAUUUUGUCCGCAUUUAUUAGAUGAACCGGAGAAAUCAUUAGCUUGGAGACAAAAUUGAUCUUGUUGACAGCAUACCAGGACAGAUUUCCAGGCAUUCUUCGACGUAAACUUCGAAUGCCAUCGUCGAGGAUGUGACGAAUGGUUCCAUUUUCAGUCCGCAACUGCGAAUCGCUUGCAAAAUCAUGUCCUUCUUAGCGAACUUAAAUUUUCUCGGUACAACCCCCCGUUCCAGUUGCAAUUUUAAAUUUUUAAUUGGGAAGCUAUCUAAAUCGACAUAUGUUUCGUUAUUGAUCAAAGUGCAGUCCUUGUAUUUCUUCAAAACUUAGCCGUACAAGAGCAUUGUACACUUUUUGGCUACGAAAUUCUGCUUCGUAUAUCGAUUCGAGUGUUCAUUGGGUUUGUACGAUUUGUAUUUUUCACUGGCAAUGAUGUACUGCACCAUUUGAAAGUUGGCGUUGUACCUUCUGAUCACAUUGGCUUCAACGCACCUUGACAGUAAGUUGCGCAGUUGGCGAUUCGUGGUUCCAGUUUUCUCGUUGAUCUACUGAUUUCAAUAGUCCCACGACAAAUGUGCCUAACUGCAAAUGACAAUUUCUCUUAUACCAUGUUCACAUUAGCGCUUAUAUCACUUGAUAUACCGAGAUGAUAUGCAUAUCACGUGGGAGUGUUCACAUAUGAUCGAAAUAAUAUCGUUUGACAGUCAAAUUGUCAUAUUGAAUGUUUCCAUUAGGAGUAAGAUCAAUAAUAUUGCUUUUCUCUCCUACAAUUCAAUCAAUAGUUAAAGUCUUGCAAUUAAUUGUCUCCGAACGCCAGUAUUUGUUGAAAAAUUUGAAAUUAUAAUGAUUUUUUAUUGUCACUCUCAAAGUGACGUUCAUAAAUGAGUGCGUUCAAUGCCAUUAUCCGUGUUGCUAGUUGCGAUUUUUGUCAACUCGACAUGAUAUCGUACAUGAUUUCCCGGAUAUCAUGCCAAAAUGAUGAUACGCGUUGACAUCAAAUUGUAUGGUAUAUCAAGUGAUAUCGCACAUGAUAUCAUCGGAUAUCAAGUAUAUUCGUAUAUCACUUGAUAUCAGCGCUAAUGUGAACAUACUAUUGGUUUACGUUUUCUUUCACGAUUUACCGGAUUGAUUUUAUAUUUAACACCUUACUCUUCGUAAAAUUUUCAAGUUAAAACCACAAGCUUUCGAUUUAUAUUGGAAACUUUCAAGAAAUUGCAGUAAUGGCUUCGUAAUAAUCAAAAGAGAAAGUAAACAAUGAGAGACUCUCAUUCGCAGUUAGGCCCUUUUGUCGUGGGACUAUCGAUUUCUUUUCACUUUACGUCUGCUUAGCCGUUCAAAUUGAACUGCCGAGUUUAGCACUAAGCAGUUCAAUUUGAACUGCUCUGCACUGCACUGUCAAAGACGAAACAUAAAAAUAAUAAAUUUCUCUUCGUUUACUUUUUUUUCGUAUAAUUAACAAGCCAAAUUCAAAAGCUUUGAAGGAACCUUUGAAGAAAUUUCAAUAAAAACUUCGUAAUAAUCGCAAAAGAAAGUAUACGAAGGGAGGCUCUCAUUUGCAGUUAGGCCCUGUAGUCAAUUGAGUUGCUGUCUACACGGUUAAAAUAAAAUACCCAUUAAUGUUGAUCAUUCUACCCAUUUCCGACAAAACUGGGAAAGCUCAGUUAAUUUUUUUUUUUUUUAUUUGUUUAAGGACCUUUUAAACUUUGUCAUUCAGGUCCGUGCUCAGUUAAUGGGUAAGUCAGAUUUUCAUAAUAAAGCGGGUGGAGCGAAUAUGUGUCAAAUAUUGGCUGGUUUAUUACUCAGUUUUAUAUGAGAGAACGAAUCGAGAAUGGAUAGAAAAUUACAAACAUAACAAAUCGAAAUCUAAAUUAAGAUAAUGUUAGAACUUACUCAAACUGAACAAAUUGGCAAGCUAUACACUAGCUCUGAUAAUUUAGAAAAGUCUGUUCUCUCGUUUUCUAAAAUAACUUAAGAAUUUUUCGUCAACCACUGGGUAUGGGUAAAAAUGGGUAUUUUAUUUUAACCGUUUAUAAAAGUGUAAACAAAUCACAGACAAAGAAAUAAACUUUAAAUUUCUUUCCGAUAUAAUUUCUUCAAACCCCUCUUGAAUUCCCAUAAACUAACGAAAUCCACACAGUCACUCCUAAACUAAAACGAUCCAGUUAAAUCUUAUUUGGUUUUGAAAUCGGGAUAAAACAAAAUUUAGAGUCAUUUGUGUUCGAUCAAACAACCACAAAUCGACCGUCCCACGACAAAAGGGCCUAACUGCAAAUGACAGUUUCUCUUUGUUUACUUUUUCUUUCACGAUUUACCGAAUUGAUUUUAUAUUUGACGCUUAACUCUUCACAAAACUUUCAAGGUAAAACUACAAGCUUUCGAUUUAAAUUGGAAACUUUAGAGAAUUUGCAAUAAUGGCUCCGUUAUAAUCAAAAGAGAAAGUAAACAAAGAGAGGCUCUCAUUUGCAGUUAGGCCCAUUUGUCGUGGGACUAUCGAAAUGCACAUUUCUCGGUUGAUUUUUCAUUAGAGCGUAUAAGCAAGUGACGAUUUCUCUUUAAUCACUCUCUUUUUCAAUUAUUGUGAUGUGAUCAGAAAGAUUUUCAUUGAUUUCACUACUUGGAAAAUCGAAAGUUUCGGGUAUCAUUUUAUGCAAAGAGUUGAGUGAUAAACGUGGAAACAUCUUGGCAAUUAUUAGAAGAGCAAGUAAACAAAGAGAAACUGUCACUUGCUUAUACGCCCUAAUGAAAAAUUAACCGAGAUUUGCCAUUUUGAAAAUAGUUUAUUUUCAUCACGAAACACCUUCAAAUCAAACAGUUUUAAGUACGAUUUAGACGAUCAGUCAAUUUCCGUCAACGUUAACAGGACUUCGCUUGAAGUUUAUUAGGUUAUUAUAUAUUGGUUUAUUAAAGCUUUUCACGUUCCGGACGUAAAAACGUUCCGUGAGGUUGACAUAGUGUUUUCAUAAGUAUUUUAAACAGCUCCUUUCCAUUGCCAUUCCUUAUCUGAAACGAUCACAUGAUAUAACGUGUGAAUCGUACUUUAGCCGAAUAACAUAUGAUGUUUGUUUUCACCACGAAAUAUUCCAGCGGUUUUUAAUUUAGUUCUCUUGAUGUCAACGAUUUGCCACAAGAGUAUAGAAAGCUCAAUAAGGCUCUACAGGGUCCGCCAUCUAACAUUUUUUUUAAAUAGCGGUUAUUUCGACAUUGGUAACCUUAAUGUCACUUCCGAUUUGACAGUAACUUAGUUUUAUCCUUCCGUUGAACGAAAAUGGUUGUGUAUACGCUUGAGGAACGCGUGAAAAUAGUGCAGUUUUACUUUGAAAAUCAUGGUAAUGUUGCGGAAUGUGUGCGAAAAAUCAUCUUCUCGGCUGAGGCACAUUUUCAUCUCGGCGGGUAUGUUAAUAAGCAAAAUUGUCGCAUCUGGCAUCUGGGGGACGGAAAACCCGCACGUUAUCAUGGAGAAGCCGAUGCAUCCUCAGAGAGUGACGGUUUGGUGCGGAUUUUGGUCUGGCGGCAUCAUUGGGCCAUUUUUCUUCGAAAAUGAGGCAGGAGCCGCCGCCACGGUCAAUGGCGAGCGCUACCGCGCCAUGAUCAUCGAUUGGUUCUUCCCGUUACUUGAAAAGGAAGACUUGGACACCAUUUGGUUCCAACGAGACGGCGCUCCGUGCCACACAGCCAACGCUACGAUCGAUCUUCUGCGCACAGUCUUCGAAGAUCGAAUUAUCAGUCGAAAUUCGGAUGUCGUUUGGCCGCCUCGGAGCUGUGAUUUGACGCCGUUAGACUAUUAUCUUUGGGGGACUUCCAAAGAAAAGUGUUAUGUGGACAAGCCAGAGACAAUUCGAGCCUUGAAGGACAACAUUCGUGCAGCCAUAGCUCAAAUAAAGCUGCAUGCAAUCGAAAAUGUACUAACAAACUGGACCGACCGUAUGGCGAACUGCAAGGCCAGCCGAGGUAGCCAUUUGAAUGGAAUUAUAUUCCACAAUUACCCGGAAGGUUUAUACUUUAAUAUGAAAUAAUAAAUUUUGAAAUUGAAUGAAACGUUUGUGUUUUAUUGCAUAUUUAAAAAAAAGUUACAUGGCGGACCCUGUAUCUACCCUUGUGGCAUCAUUGACAUCAAGAGUCUCAACCUAGAAAUUGAAAACCGCUCUGAUAUUUCGUGAUGUAAACAAACAUCAUAUGUUAUUCGGCUAAAGUACGAUUCACACGUUUUGUCAGGUGACCGUUACAUGCAAGGAUUGGCAAUGGAAAGAAGCAGUUCGUAACACUUAUUAAAACAUUGAGUCAACCUCAUGGAACGUUUCAAUAAUGAAAGCUGCAAACUAAUCUAAACUACAGGCAAGUCCCGUUAUCGUUGACGGAAAUUGACUGAACGUCUGAAUCGCACCUAAAAGUGUUUGAAGGAAGGUGUUUCGUGAUGAUGAUUUUCCAUACAAACACUCCGAUUAUUCGUGUUUGAUUAUAUCUAAACAUUACUAUUAGAUUCCUGUAGAUUUUAUUUAACUAUGAAAUAAUCUCUCAUGGCGAACCUUUCUUAAAUCCUUCGGUCGUUCUGCAACUAAUACCGUUUUCGUUUUUGAACCUACACGCGGGCGACUCUUAAAUAUUCCCAAUGUUUUUUUUGAACACAUGAGUGUCAACAUUGACAAGUACACUGCUAAGCAAACAAAAACAUGAGCAUUUGCAUCGAAUAGCUCAGCAAUUCAGCGUAACGAAUGUAGCUUUUUCUCUUGGCAUUGUUUUUAUCAAUUGACAUGUUUGCAAAAAAGAGAAUGAUUGGUGUUUCAUGCGGUUUUUUGCGUUUUAUAUAAAACCAAGGAAUACUUUGGUAUUUCAUUCCUUUUGUAAAAUCUGACCUCUCUAUUUCAACAGACUUCGCAGCCGAUUCUUAACAUACAGAACCAUUUCAUGACUAGUGCUACGAUCCUAAUGACAUCAAGAAAAGAAAAUAUACAAGAAGAAUCUUUUUUGCAAAUUUAAGAAAUUCGAUGUUGCUGUGGGGCAAAGUUAUCAGUUGCUGUUUCGUCCGUGCAUGACAGUUCAAAUUGGCAGUCUGCGCUACAUUUUUGGGUAUCACCUAUAAUCCAUGCUGUUGGUUAACGCAAAUUUAACGGAGAUUGUAAACGGCGCAGUGCUCAGAUUAACAUGGCGCACAGGUACCUACCAAUAGAUUGAUAUACCUGACCUACACAAAAAAGAACCCAUUGCUUAUCUAUAAAACUAUGUGCAUUCGUAUCGCUUCCAUCAAAACUGGGCCUAGAUAUCGUUAUAGGAACUUGAUACUAAGGUUCCCAACAUAUCCCUAAUAUCAAUGUGUUAUACGGGGCAACCGAACAGCAUCUGUGUAAAAUUUGUACAUUAGGGAAGAACAAAAGAAACUAUUCCAUCGUGUUAUGGAAAAUUUAUCAUAAAACAAGUGCAGGUUUAUAAAGAAAAAAAAUCAUACCGAAAUAAAAACAAAAUAUCAACAACCUGAAACCGAAAUCAUUAUACAUAACUGUUAUUGAAACAAUCGGUUCUUUUCUGUUUUAUUCAUUGUACUUCAUGUGUUUCGUUAUCUGUGCAUUAUAUUCAUUUCAUACGAAAAAAAAGAUUUAUAGUUAGAAUAGCAAUUACGUUAGUUCGCAUAGCAGAACGAAAAACAAACAAACGUAAACAAAACUAUAGAAACUGACGUUCCUGUCAGUCAACAAGACAUUUAGAUUUGUAGAUAAAAAAAGAACAAGAAUUAUCUGAAGCAAUAAGAGUUUGUCGAAAACAGUUUCAGAAACAUUGUUGUCACCUUAUUUCGACAUUGUCUAGCUCUAAUUUUGACAUUAUUGGUUUUUUUUGUGAUAAUUUAGGAAAACGGGAAAAAAUACCGCCUAUGACGAUGAUGUAUUCUUAUUCUUUAAUUACACUUAAGGCAUUGAAAUCGUA